UUCACUCACACUCAUAAACCCUAAUUUAAUUACACAUCUCUUCCACAUAAAUAUUUUCUUGAUUUUUUUAGUUUCUUGAGAGAAAAGUAAUAAGAUGAGUGCCAAACGUCCCUACACUACACUCCUGCUGCUUUUCAUCAUAGUCUUGCUUUCUUUAUCCAAUUUGGUUCAGGGAUACAAUCACCUUCGUCCUCAAGAAUGCAGGCCUCGUUGCACGUACCGGUGCUCGGCGACGUCGCACAAGAAGCCAUGCAUGUUUUUCUGCUUGAAGUGCUGCGCGAAGUGCCUGUGCGUGCCGCCGGGCACUUACGGCAACAAGCAGACGUGCGCUUGCUACAACAAUUGGAAGACUAAAGAAGGCGGCCCUAAAUGCCCUUGAAGACUAUAUAUUUGUCUUUUGUUCUUCCCAGCACAUCAAGAAUUGAUCAACCCUUUGUUAUGAUAUAUAUAUAUAUAUAGAGAGAGAGAGAGAGAGAGAGAGUUUAUUAUAUUCUUUAAAAGAUGAGUGCUGUUGUAGUAACCCUACUUCACUGUUGGGGUGUGACCUUUUCUAGUAUCAUAAUAAUAUAUGAAAAUUAUGUCAGUUUUCUUUA